AUGAAUAUGUCUGUGGUUGGGUCGUUGAUAUUCUGUACCGAUUGUGGUAACUUAUUGGAUUCUGCUGGUUCCAAGGAUACCUUGGACUGCAAGUUGUGCACAAAAACAUAUCCAGCAUCAGAGUUUGCUGACUUGAAGGUGGUGACUAAAUCAUCUGAUGAUGCAUUCCCUUCUAGUUUAAAGUUGAAACGGUCAGUAGUGAAAACUACUUUAAAGAAUGAUGAGCUUGAAGAGGGUGCUACAAUUAAAGAAAAGUGUCCAAAGUGUGGGAAUGAAGAAAUGCAGUAUCAUACCUUACAAUUAAGAUCUGCUGAUGAAGGUGCAACUGUCUUUUAUACAUGUACUGGAUGUGGGUACCGGUUUAGAACCAAUAAUUGA